AAAAAGGGGGAUACGAAAUAACCAUAGUGGAUGCAUCGAAUGAACGCCAAGUAAUUGAUAUUAUCCCUCGAGGCCUAGAACUUCUUGUUUCAGAGGGCGAAUCCAUUAAACUCGAUCAACCAUUAACGAGUAUUCCUAAUGUGGGUGGAUUUGGUCAAGGGGAUGCGGAAAUAGUACUUCAAGAUCCAUUACGUGUCCAAGGCCUUUUGUUCUUCUUAGGAUCGGUUGUUUUGGCACAAAUCUUUUUGGUUCUUAAAAAGAAACAGUUUGAGAAG